AUGGCCACGUCUCGGGAACCAGCUCGGGAAUUCACAUUCGAUGCCUCUGUCGCGCCCUUCAGCGUGUCGCUCAAGACGUAUCUUGCAACGCAUCCCGAGUUUGACGCUGUCGCGACCGGCGGUCUCAUCUUCACGACCGGCGAUCCGAGCACCGACACGAGCGGUGAUGGCGGGACGAAGACAAUGACGAAGCAAACGACACGGCGCCUGUUGCUCAUCCAGCGUGCCGCCCACGACUCGAUGCCGUCGCGAUGGGAGGUCCCCGGCGGCGCCUGCGACCCCGGGGAUGCCACGUUGCUGCACGGCCUCGCCCGCGAGCUGUGGGAGGAGACGGGCCUCGUGAUGCGGCACAUCAUCGCGCGCGUCGGUCUCGGCGGCGCAGCGGGGCACGACCUCGGCAAGGGUGCCGAGGACGGUGCUGUCUUCUUCUCGCGGCGGGGCCAUCGCAUCAUCAAGUACUCCUUUGCCGUCGAGGUCGAGCGGCCGUCUGAGAUCGUCAUAGAUCCGAACGAACAUCAGCGAUACCUGUGGGCUACAGAGAGCGAGUGUGCCGCCGGCCGGGUCGGUGAUGUCGACAUCCAGUUUACGAUGGAACAGCAGAUGGCCACCAUCAUGGAGGGAUUUCGACUGAUGCAGGGGUCGAUGUAG